AUGAGGCUCUUGCCAACCAGUUUGGCUGUUCUAGCCGCGACGCAGCUUGAUGUGUCCAUUGCACAAUCGACUUCCCCUUCUGAAGAGACGUGCAUCGUACUCGCUUCCAAAUUCCCUGGGAAAGUAUCCUUUCCAGGUUCACAUCAAUAUUUCAUCUCCAACAUCUACUGGUCAGAUCGCCAAGCCGAGUUGCAGCCUGCCUGUUUCAUUACACCAGAAAGCACCGAAGAUGUCUCAAUCACUAUCAAAGUCUUGGCAUCAUUUUCUACUCCUUUCACAGUUAAGAGUGGUGGUCACACUGCAUUUGAAGGAGGUUCAAGCAUAGAGUGCGGAGUUACGAUUGACCUAGUACGUCUCAACAAGAUCGCCCUUUCCGACGACCGUCAAACCGUCUCUGUCGGCCCCGGAAACCGAUGGGUAAACAUAUCCGAGGCACUUGAUCCCCUCGGUCUCGCCGUUGUAGGUGGAAGAGUCAGCGAUGUUGGAGUCAGCGGCCUCGUCCUUGGUGGUGGUAUCUCAUUCUUCUCCGGUCGUUACGGCUGGGCCUGUGACAAUGUUCGCGAGUUUGAAAUCGUACUGGCAUCUGGGGAAGUUGUCAUUGCAUCUCCGGAUACGAACGCAGAUCUCUUCUGGGCUCUUCGUGGGGGCGGUGGCUCCAACUUUGGCAUAGUUACCCGUUUUGAUCUUGCCACAUUUGAACAAAAAGAUGUGUGGUUGUAUAACUCUAUCUAUCCUUUAUCUUCAAGCACCGAGUUGGUGCCGGCAUUCGUUGACUUAUCAGUCAAUGGGUUGCCUGCAGACCCCGAUGGUCACUCGUUCUUCGUUAUGACCCACGUCUCUGCUCUAGGGGGCCAUAUAAUUGCGAACUAUCUCUAUCACGCUAAACCCCCUCAGACACCCAAGGACACGCCUGCGAUAUUCUCCAGGAGCGCUUCAAUCAGCGGAUCCUUCAUAAAUACGACAACAAUUGCAAAUGUCACAACCCAUUCCAAAGCCAUCUCUGAGAGAUAUGGGGGGCGCAAGGCUUGGGCCGGCACAUCAAUCUACCUGAAGGAAGGCUCAGAACGGCUGCUCCAAGAUCUUAUACCCCUCUACGAAGACUACGCUAAUCAUUUGUUUGCUGCGGCGAAGAACACAAACGAGACAGCGACUCCUUUCUUUGUGUACCAACCUAUCACUACCAAUAUCCUAAAAGCAAUGCAAAAGAACGGCGGAAACUCUCUUGGCCUGACUCCGGAAAAGGGGCCCCUUGUGCAUAUCCAGAUUACAUCGAACUGGGAAACGUCUCGUCUAGAUUGUGUUGUUGAAAAGGGUGCUGCGGAUUUUAUUGCCAAGAUUAACGGCCUCGCGAAGGAGAGGGGUCUGGCUGCAGGAUACACGUAUAUGAACUACGCGGACAAAAACCAGGACGUGUAUGCUGGAUACGGGGAAAGUAAUCACGAACGGUUGAAAGAAAUUGCAGAUACCUAUGAUCCAGAGGGAAUUCUCCAGAGGCUCUGGACUGGCUAUUUCAAGGUGUAG